AUGAGAUUCCUUCCUGCUGCUGCAGCGGCGCUGCCAGUAUUAGCGGCACAUGCUGCGCCUCUUGCUGAGCCCACUUGCUCUAACACUGAUGUUGUUAUCUUGGGAGCAGGUGUUGCCGGUCUUACCGCCGCAACAAAAGGUGUCGAGAAGUUUAUUGUGCUCGAAGCCAGGAAUGAAUCUGGUGGCCGGCUUUACAGUCGCAAUUUUGCCGGGCAUAAGAUUGAGGUCGGCGCCAACUGGGUUCACGGACCGGGAGGGCCGGAAACCGGAAAUAUCAAUCCCAUGUGGACUAUGGUUGAACGGGCGGGAUUGAAGAAAGUGGAGACCAACGAGAAGGAUAGGGUCGUGUUUCCUAAACAAAGCGCAACAGCUAUCUCAGCCGCCCCAGAGAGCGCCGGGGCCGCUAAAGAAGAGGUGAUCGGACAUUCCGAGCCGGUCAGCGCCUCAAGCACUGGGAUCCGGCGAAGAAUGACCCGGCCGGACAACUGGCGGAUUGAGGAGAAUUCGGAGGUGUUUGGUGCUAUCUCCACGAUCGCCACCUACGAAUACUUUUCGAAGGGUGACUUGUUCAUUAGUGAUAAGCGCGGAUUUGUUUCUGCUUUUCGGGAAAAUGUGAGUGCCGUCCUCAAUGGACCGGCAGACCGUGUUCGCUUCAACAACAAAGUCAUCAAGAUCAAGCACAGUCCAAACGGGGUCACGGUGACCAGUGAUAAGGGGUGCGUUAAUGCCAAAUAUGCUAUUGACACCUUCUCCCUAGGAGUACUACAGAGGGGACACGUGGAAUAUGACCCGCCUCUGCCGCCUUGGAAAGCUCAAAGCAUCGCCGGCUUUGAAAUAGGCACAUAUACCAAGAUCUUCCUCAAAUUCAAGAGCAGUUUCUGGGGAAAAAAAGCAGUUCCUUCUCCUUUGGAUAUUCACGGGUUGGAUGAGGAUUCCAAAAUUCUUGUGGCCACGGUGACCGGCGAGCGUUCUUACCGCGUCGAGUCGCAGACAAACGAAGAGACAAAGCAGGAGCUCCUUGAUGUGCUUAAGCACAUGUAUGGUGAUAAGGUUUCAGAAUUGGAAGAAAUAUACUAUCCGAGGUGGAGUACGGAAGAUUGGUCCUACGGAUCCUACUCCUACUGGCCACCAUCGAUCAGCCUGCAAGAGCAUCAGAAUCUCUGCGCCAAUGUUGACAGUGUCUUCUUUGCCGGUGAGGCCACCAGUCAGGAAUUCUUUGGCUACCUGCACGGGGCCUAUUACGAGGGCAAACACGUGGCCGAGUUCCUGGCACCCUGCCUCAAUAUGGACCCGGAAGUGCCAUGGUGUCAAGCGACAAACUAUCAGGUGCUGACGGAGGUUACGCCGUAUGACUUGUACAAUCCAGCCAAUGGCUGGUAUAUUUAUAAUAACAAAGUACCUGGCCAUGACUGA